GCCCGAGCUGCGGGACAGAGCGGCUGGAGGACCGGCUCUUCUUCUUCUGUCUCAACACCUCCGCUCUCAGUCCGAACCGAACCGAGGGAGCAGCAUGUGGACGUCCCGGACCGCAGAGCUCAACAUCAUGGCCGCAGCGCUCAGCGUGCUCCUGCUUCUCCUUCACACCUGCUCCGCUUCACCGCUGAAAUCAGAACCACCAGAACCAGAACAAGUUCCCCCCCACCUGACCAACUGUGUCUCCUCCGACAUGGAGACCUUCCACUGCAGAUGGACUGUCGGGACUUUCCAGAACCUCUCAGAACCAGGAGAUCUGCGUUUGUUCUACUUUAACAGACUGAGACCCCUGACCCCUUCCCAGAAAAACUGGAGUGAGUGUCCCCACUACAGCACAGAGAGACCAAACGAGUGCUUCUUCAACAAGAACCACACGACCAUCUGGACCUCCUACACCGUGCAGCUCCAGUCCAAGGAUCAAACUGUCCUUUACGAUGAGAUUACCUUCGAUGUUUCAGUAAUCGUGCAACCUGAUCCACCGGUGGGACUGAACUGGAUGAUGCUGAACUCCAGUUUGACCGGCGCGCACUUCGACAUCAUGGUGAAGUGGAAGCCUCCGAGGUCCGCAGACGUGGAGACGGGGUGGAUUGCGCUGCAGUACGAGGUCCAGUACCGCAGCGUGGACUCGGACAAGUGGGAAACGACAGACCUGGUGAAAAGCACGCAGCGCUCGCUCUACGGCCUACAGACCAACGUCAACCACGAGGUUCGGGUCCGGUGCAAAAUGCUUGGAGGGAAAUUCUUCGGCGGGUUCAGCCACUCUGUGUUUGUGCACAUCCCAUCUAAAGUUUCAAGAUUUCCAGUGGUGGCUUUGCUCAUCUUUGGAGCUUUGUGUUUGGUGGCCAUCCUGAUGUUGGUCAUUAUAUCGCAGCAAGAAAGAUUGAUGUUUAUUCUCCUGCCUCCUGUUCCUGGUCCUAAAAUAAGAGGAAUAGACUCGGAUCUACUGAAGAAAGGGAAGCUUCGGAAGUUGACGUCCAUAUUGGGGGGUCCUCCUGACCUGAGGCCAGAGCUCUACAACAACGACCCCUGGGUGGAGUUCAUCGACCUGGACAUCGAGGAGCAGAAUGACAAACUGACAGACCUGGACACAGACUGUCUCAUGGACCGCUCCAGCUCCUCUCCGCUCUCUGGUGGCUUCAGGGACGACGACUCGGGACGCUCCAGCUGCUGUGAACCGGAGCUCCUCUGUGAGUCGAAUUCGUCUCCCGUUCACCCUCUCAAUCCAAACCAGACCCUUGGUAAGGAGCCACCGUGCCAGAGAACCUCUGAGUCCACCUCUGGGGAGCCUUUCUUGGCGACACCGGGCAGUGAGGCGGUGUACACCAUGGUCAGCGAGGUCCGGUCAUCUGGUAAAGUUCUGCUGUCGCCUGAAGAGCAGACGGAGGUGGACAGAAAUAAAGACAUCAAGGUGGAGAAAUCGAAACAAGCUCAGCGUCUUCUGGUGAAGGCAGAUCAGAGGGACUACACAUCUGAGCUCAGUGCUGGGACAACGAGCUCAGAAUUAUUCAAGGAAAACCUCAGUGAACCCUUCCAAACAGGACUAGACCCCAGUCCUGGUCUAUCCCUGUUCCCUAACCACAAAUACAAUCUGCCCCCGUCUUCACUACCCCCGGCUCCUGUUUACACCAUGGUGGAGGGCAUUGAUAAACAGAACAGCCUCUUACUUACAUCGAACUCAGCACCGACCCCCCACCUUACAAUCCCAAAGGUUGUACCAACGCCAGACGGCUACCUGACCCCCGAGCUACUGGGAAGUGUCACACCGUAAAAAGAUAAAAUAAAAUAAAAUACUCUGACAAUUUCAGACUAAAUGGAGAACAGUUCCUGGAUUGUUGAGGGUCCAUGGGCUGAACCUAAAAUAGUUUCAGGGGGCCUCCUUGGACUUACACGGCAUCAUGUGACCAGGCGACACGGUUGAAAGUUCUGCCAUGUGCUCUACUGUGGGCCACGUUCUGGUCAUGUAACUGAAGUACUCAAAGAAAUCUGGAGCUGAGGGUGGAUGAGCCUGGUCCUUGGUGUAGAUUUUCACUCAUCCAGAACAUGGUAAUCCUAAGUGCUUUCAUAAAAGGCAACUGGACAUUUUGUUGAAAGGAGACCAGAUGAGAACAACGUCCAGUUGUCCUCAUUUAAGCAUUUAGGAUUAAGUCUGAUUUGCAUCACAAAGCCUAAAUUACUUUGUUACAAGAAGCAAGAAAUGUAUGUUGUACGGUGUUUUGGUGCCACGUUUACCUGUUUUUAUACUGGAACAGGAAAGAUUGAUCGAUUUGAAUUCCCACUAAAUUUAGGGUCAUAUUUGUUCAACUUUGAGCUUAGUUUAUGUGAAAAUCCCAGUUCUUUAUCUGCCAAAUG